AUUUAUUUGAUCCAAGAAAGCUAAUCCCAUGCAAGACGCAAUUAGUCAUAGCAAAUCGCAAUUAGUCAAAAUCGACCUUACCGAUCGUUCCAUAGCCGGCAAUGAUGGCUGACAGUUGUAUGAGAACUCUGGUGGAAGCCAUACACUCUACUCCCACUCAAGCGGUCCUCUACGUCUCCGGCGGAGCUUCUCAGGCGCUGGGGUGGUUGAUGUCGGUUCCCGGGGCCUCCAACACUGUACUUGAAGCCGUGGUUCCUUACUCCAGACUGUCUAUGGUCCAACUGCUCGGCAAGGUCCCUGCUCAAUCUGCUAGUCUGCAAACCGCAGAGGACAUGGCAUUGCUGGCUUACAAUCGAGCACUAAAGCUUUCUAAACCAGGAUGUCCAGCUCUAGGUGUGGGUUUUACAGGUGCUCUGGCCAGUUCACAACCCAAACGGGGGGAUCAUAGGUUUCAUUUGUCAACAAGGACAUCUGAAAGGCUAGUGGUGUCAACAGUCACAUUGUCGAAGGGUCUGCGAACACGUGAGCAAGAAGAUUUUAUCUCAAGCCAGUUCUUACUUAAGGCAGUUGCAAGUGCAUGCAUGGCUUCAAAUAAUUUUGUUCCAGAUUUAACGGAAUCGGAGAUUCCUGUUGAGCUUGGUUGGCAAUUUAAUGAAGACCAAGAGCUGGAGCAGCUUAUCAGUGGUCAAGUAUCUUUUAAGGUUUAUCCUUUUUCAAGUGAUCUAGUCAAAGCAGAGAGGAAAAUAAUCCUGUCUGGUUCUUUCAACCCCUUGCAUGAUGGUCACCUUAAUCUCUUGGAAGUUGCAACUAGGAUUUGUAGCGGUGGAUAUCCAUGCUUUGAAUUGUCUGCAGUCAAUGCAGACAAGCCUCCAUUGACAGUUUCGGAAAUCAAAGAUCGUGUAAAACAGUUUAAAAAUGUCGGCAAGACAGUCAUAAUAUCUAACCAGCCAUAUUUUUACAAAAAAGCAGAACUUUUCCCUGGCAGUGCUUUUGUUAUUGGCGCAGAUACGGCUGCUAGGCUUAUAAAUCCAAAGUAUUACAGAAAUGACUAUCAAAACAUGUUGGAGACACUUAUUGGAUGCAAGAAUACAGGGUGUAUCUUCCUGGUGGGAGGCCGAAAUGUGGAUGGCGUUUUCAAGGUGCUUGAUGACUUUGAAAUUCCAGAGGAGCUGAAAGACAUGUUUAUCUCAAUACCAGCAGAAGAAUUCCGUAUGGAUAUUUCAUCAACAGAAAUCAGGAAAAGCCGAGGGGUGUGAAAAAGCUCAUUACUUACAAAAUAGAGAAACAACACGUAAGAUUAUGGACUCAUUGGGCGAUCAUGUCAACAUGGCAGUACUCAUGUUUAUAUGGACUCCAAGACUCCAACUACUGUUUUUUAUUAUCUAAUACUAGUAUACUACAGUGUUGGCGGUUUUAGUUAGAUGUGUAAUUUCAUCUUUACUCCAUUGUUAGACAUGAAACUAUGGAAACUUAAAAAGAAAAGAAAAUAAAGAAUCACCG